UUUUUUUUUAGUAUAUAUAUAUAUGCAAGGUAUGACACAUUUAAGCUCAUCUUCCUGGAAGCUACUCGUUCCUCAAAAUUCUUUAAUUCCAAAGCACUUCAUUUUGUGUAGUUGUCGUUUUCCUUUUCUUGAAACUUUCCUUGUAUUUUCCAAACCUUAUAGUAUAUAAGAAUGGACACUAAGGUUCUUUCUUCCGGAAUCCGUUAUUCAAAAUUACCGGAAAGUUACAUACGACCCGAAUCCGACAGACCAUGUCUCUCCGAAGUCUCUGAGUUCCAGAAUGUUCCUAUCAUCGACUUGGGUUCUCAAAAUAGAAACCAGAUUGUUCAGCAAAUCGGUGAAGCAUGUAGCUCCUAUGGCUUCUUCCAGGUGAUUAAUCAUGGGGUGGGUCUAGAAGCAUUGAAAAGAACGACAGAAGUGGCGUAUGAAUUUUUCAACUUGCCAGUUGAGGAGAAGAUGAAAUUGUAUUCAGACGAUCCUUCAAAGACAAUGAGAUUAUCAACUAGUUUUAAUGUGACGAAAGAGGAGGUUCAUAAUUGGAGAGAUUAUCUUAGACUUCAUUGCUAUCCUUUGGAGAAAUAUGUGUCUGAGUGGCCUUCUAAUCCUGUUUCAUUCAAAGAAACCGUGGCAAAUUAUUGCAAGGAAGUUAGGGAAUUGGGGUUUAGAAUAGAAGAAUACAUAUCAGAGAGUUUGGGCCUAGAAAAAAACUACUUAAGGAAUGUUUUGGGGGAACAAGGACAACACAUGGCAGUGAAUUACUAUCCACCAUGCCCACAACCAGAACUUACAUAUGGAUUGCCAGGCCAUACCGAUCCAAAUGCUCUUACAAUUCUACUUCAAGACCUUCAUGUUGCCGGCCUCCAAGUUCUUAAAGACGGUAAAUGGCUCGCUGUUAAUCCUCACCCUGACGCCUUUGUUAUUAACAUAGGUGAUCAACUUCAGGCUUUAAGUAAUGGACUUUAUAAGAGUGUUUGGCACAGGGCUAUUGUGAAUGCUGAGAAACCAAGGCUUUCAGUAGCUUCAUUUCUCUGCCCAGAUAAUGAGGCAUUGAUAUAUCCUGCAAAGUCACUCACAGAAAAUGGAUCUGGAGCCAUAUACAGAGAAUUUACAUAUGCAGAAUACUACAGCAAAUUCUGGAGUAGGAAUUUGGACCAAAAACAUUGUUUGGAACUUUUUAAGAACUAGUAACUUAAAUAUGAGGGAGAUAUUAAUUUAUCAAAUCCUUAUUAUGAAGCCACGUAGAAUUUUAUAUUCUUAAUUGCUUUUUCUUAUUUUAUUUUAUUUAGUUUUCAAUAUGCAUUUGCUUUUUGCAAAUUAAGCAAAUUGUAUUUUGCUGCAUUACGUAUGUUAGACUCUCGUCAAACUCAUAAGAAUUGACUAGCUGCGAGACUCAAUUGUUUGUACUUUUGAUCCAUCAUCCAUGCAUACGAGUUCACUUAUUUUCUCAUAA